AUCCGAAAGAGAAUUACAAAACAUAGAGUACUAACAGUAUUUAGGCCUCCUCAAGAAGCUGCAAUUCUACGUGCACAUGUCCUUUGUCAGCGCGCGGCAGCCUAAACAGAACGGAGUGAGGUGAGACGCAAUGAGCCGGCUUUCCGACAAGGCCGACGACAAGUCAUCAGACAUAAAUAUCACGACCUACUUAAGUAAUUAAUCAAUCACUCCCUCUAAAUCAGCAAUUGAAAGUCCCUUCGAAUAGCAGAUUCACCUACCUUAUACAAACAACACGUCCAACCACUAUCCCUAUAAACCAUCUCCCAAGGACCAAACAUGCAAACCUACCUCACCCAACUAUUCACACCAACCCGCCAACCAACCGCCCCCCCUCUACCUGCCCUAGAUCCUCCUCCAAAAUGUCGUUUCCGCCUCGACAAUGACACUUCACAUACCCUUACACUCCCCGACGGGCGAGCCCUCGGCUACGCACAAUACGGCUCACCAACAGGAAAGGCGAUUUUCUACCAGCACGGACUACCGGGCUCGCGACUCGAAGCAGCAACGUACCACGACCUAGGCCUAGAACUCGGCGCGCGCAUCAUUGCCACGGAUAGACCAGGUAUGGGCUGGAGCACGCCGUACGCAGGACGCACACUGCUCGACCACGCCAAGGACGUGGAAUAUCUUGCUACACAUCUGGGGCUGCGAGAAUACGCUGUUCUGGGUGUCUCAGGAGGCGGUCCCUACGCGCUCGCCCUUGCCGUGGCCCUACCUCCAACCCAGCUAAAAGCUGUCGCCCUCGUAUGCGGCAUCGGACCGCCGGACAUUGGGAUGCGCGGCGCGGGCUGGGUGCAUUGGCUAGGCUUCACCAUAGGAUGGCGUUACUCGCCCAGCUUUCUGCUGCGCUGGUUUUUCCAGCGCGACCCCAUGGGCCGCGUUGACUUGAGCGACGAGCAGCGUCUCGCACUCAUGCUGCGGCCGUCGAAUGUGAGCGCCAUCACGCACGACAAGGAUCGCGUGCUCAUGAGUGACGAACAUGUUGUGCGAUUGAUGCUGCGAACGACGCGGGAGGCGUAUACGCAGGGGUUUGAGGGCGUGCGGGAGGACGGGAGGCUGAUUUGUGUGGACUGGGGUUUUUGCGUUGAGGAUGUGCGGCCGGAUCUGGAUGUGCAGUUGUGGUAUGGACGUGAGGAUACGUUUGUUCCGCUGAAUCAUGGGGAGCAAAUUGCUAAGCGGUUGGGAGGGAGGGCACGGCUUAGAGUGGAAGAUGAUACGCACGCGAGUAUCUCUAUGAAUUGGAAGAGAGAGCAGUUGGAGGGUCUGAUUAGGGCGAUAUGAGGAUUGGAUUGCGUCUGGUUAAUGUGCAAACGAGAUUUCUACUUUAUGGAAUGGAAACUUUGGCUCCUUCAAGAAAAUAGAGAAUUUGCAAGUAGUGUUAUAAGCUCAGCUGUGCAGAAACGUUCUUAGCCUUGCUCGUUCCUUACCUCUGAUAAGAUGACGGGCUCGAUCGACAAG